CAAAAAUGUAAAAUAGAGAAAAACAUAUAAGCUUUAAGCUAACCUCAUGAUGGGUAAACAUUGGCAUGCUUUGUGUGAAGUAACUUUUUUCAGGAUUAACUUAAAAAACAGACAACCUUCUUCGCUUCGGUUUUCUUUUUUCAGUUGAUAAACAACUUGUUUCCAUGAGAUACGGCGCGCAUAUGGUGAUAUUGCUGUUUAAUAAUUUUAAAAAUAUGAUUAAAAUAUCAUAAAAUAAAGCCAGUGUUUUAAUCUAAAAACACGCUACGUAGUAUACUGUCGCAUCCGAAAGACAAAAUAUGUCUAGAGAGUCAAUGUAAUAUUGUCUACGAAAUCCCGUGUAAGGAUUGUGAUGCUGUUUAUGUCGGUGAAAGAAAACGAAUGUUUAAACAACGUGUGCAAGAGCACAAAAGAGCCGUACGCAACGCAGAUACAGACAAAAAUGAGAUUGCGGACCAUAGCUGGAAGAAUGAUCAUGAUAUAGACUGGAACAAUAAAAAGAUCAUAGACCGAGAGUCUGGUUGAACAGCAAGAAAAGUAAAAGAAAUCAUAAAUAGUAUAGACAGAAAUACUUGUCUCAAUAGUAUUUCCUAUCAACUUCCAGAAAUAUGGUUACCUGCACUUCGGAAAGCAAACAUUUAGGAAAAAGUGCAAAUAAUGGUUCUGGCGAAACGUAACAAAAAGCGAACUUUUAGAAAAAGAAACGUAACAAAAAGCGAACUUUUAGAAAAAGGAAAGAUUUUAAUAAAUCUAUUGCUUCCAUCUGGGUCCGUAAAAAAGUUAAUUACUUUAAUUGCUGUGAUCUGAUUGGUUAAUUUCGAUCCUCUAAUUAUCUCUUCAAAUAAUAAAUAGCCAAAGAUGAUUACGAUCAUUGCCCGUCAAUGACAGCUGUAGCUGUCGAAACGUAGCCUAGAAUAAAUUCGCUUGUUUAUGACAUCUUAAUCUUAACAUCUUAAAUAACUUGGAAACAGGGUGGUGACGUGAGUCAUUUUUGAUCCGCGCUUCAAGAUCUAUACGAAGAAGGCGACAGGUAUACAAAUUUUUUUGUGUUUUGCUAAAAACUUUGCUGACGUCAGCAAAAUUUUUAGCAAAACUCUAUCAUCUCCUUAACCGUUCUUUAAAACCACAUGAUCCUAUACAUUUUCUUUAUCAGCGUUUCAAACUCUAAACAAUAAAGGCAAUUUUUUAUUGUUCUGUUAUGCACUUUUUCACGUGCUUUAUCGACUAGUCAUCUGUAUAAUAAUACGCCAGUUCCGUCUGUCUGUCUGUCUGUCUGUCUGUCACUUUUGCAAAGUUGAUUAUAUUCUUCACUAUCUUCUUUGAUAAAUUCUGUAAAACAUCGCCCAUAAAAUUGUUCUGUAAUUUACCAAACCUUAACGUUGAAAUAAUAUUAAAGUCAAAGGAAGUAUAAUAAAUUAAUGAAGCCAUUACAGUGCACUUAAAAAUUUGAGGCCAAAUAACUUGGGAACGAGGUGGUAACGUCAAUUUAGGGACCACCUUGGAUCAAUUUAGGUAAGUUUCCUAAACCUUGGUCCCCAAAUCUGUUUCGGAAUGCACGGGUUUAUGACGUCAACAAAAAACCUUUAAACCACAAUAUUUCCCUGAGCGUUUGUCAAAAGUACAUGAUCCUAUACAUUUUCUUUAUCAACGUUUCAAGAUCUAUACGAGGAAGGCAACAGAUAUAUAAAUUUCUAAUAAUUUUUUUUUGUGUUUUUAUGGGCCUUUGCUGACAUCACCACAAUUUUAAACCCUUAUAUCUCCUUUUGCAUUCCUCGAAAACAUAUCAUCCCAUACAUUAUUUUGAUCAGCGUUUUAACCUCUACACACUACAAUAAAAGAAUAAAAUAAAUUUUUCAAUUUUUUUGGGAUCUUCACUGCUGACGUCAGCAAAACAUCUUAACAACGUAUUUUUUCACUGCCCAUCUGCUAAAUGGAUUCCACGAGCCUUAUCGACUAAUCUCUUAUAAUAAUACGGAGAAUGUGUCUGUCUGUCUGUCUGUGACAGGCAAAGUGGACGUGUUCAUUUUCUUUUGAUGUUGCCGAAAAAUGCAUGUUUAAUAUGUUAAAUUUUCUGACGUUACGGCGCGAAGUCAAUAACACUACUUUAACGUCAAUAUCCUAUAUUAAAUUAAGGAAGCAUUACAGUGUACCUAAAAUUUUGAGGCCAAAUAACUUGGAAACGAGGUGGUGACGUCAAUGAUUUUUCUCUGCGUGGGUAACUAGGGCCACCAAGGACCAAUUUGGGUAAUUUUCUCAAACAUAGGUCCUUAAAAAACCGCUUGGGAAUGGAAAACAUCUUAACGAUGACGUCAUCAAAAAACGUUCAAACCCUAAUAUCUCUGCAACUGUUGGUCAAAAUUACAUGAUGCUAUACAUUUUCUUGAUCAGCGUUUCAAGAUCUAUACGAUAAAUGCAAAAAAAAUCCAAGUUUCUAAUAUUUUGUAUUUGCACUGCUGAUGUCAGCAAAAAAGCCUAAAAAAACUAUUUUUCCAUUGUCUUUCUGCCUAAGUGGAUUACUCCACACGGGCCUUAUCGACUAGUCUAUAUAAAAAAGUUAUUUCAAACAAUGUUUAGUCAUCAUGGGGUUAGAUUAAAGCUUAUUUGUUUCUUAUAUAUUUUCAAUUUUUGUGUUCUGGGACCGAGGUUGUAUCGCAUUCGAAUAUGAAUGUAAUUCGAAUGUCAAAUGUAAAAAACACAACUGUUGUUGUAGAGCGACUGUUGUUGUGGAGCGAGAAUAAAAAAAGUUUAUGUUAUGGUCAAAAAUAUUUGUUAUAAAGAAGAAAAACGUAUGAUAAUAUAACGUCAAAAAGAGAACUGAUUGGAAAUGUAUCAGACAAUUGUAGGUGGCUAUACAUUUUCAAUUUGUUUUCUUUGGGAUGAGGCGAAGCUUAGUAAUCGAAGUAAAAAAUUAAUCAGACUUUUAUCAAGAGAACGCUAGCUAGCGGCCUACUGAGAAAGAAAAGCAGGUUUGUUGUUUAGAUUAUCUGGUAAAGAAAUGAAUUUAGGUGAAUAACAUUCUUAAGCCGUUUACACGCUUCCAGCUAAACUUUCCCUUUAAUAUGAAGUUAAAUAUGCUUUGCCUUCAGCCUAAACCUACUUUUUUGUAAGAAUAUAUUUAGGGUCAGUAAAGGAUAUCUCAAGAGUAUGUCCAACCUCGAUUGUUUGUUCUAAAUAAAUAUAAAAAAAAUUUGCCAAUAGCUAUAGCAAGCUAUAUUUUAUUAAGGCAUUAUAUAUAGUUUCAGGACAUGGACACGCUAAGAAUAUACCAUAAUAAUGAGGAUAGUAUUUGUCCAGAAAGUUAAGAACUUUUUUUGUAAGAGUGUACUCUAAACAAUAGGUCAGAAUAUCCUAAGAGUAUGUCUAAGCUUGAUUGUUUGUUCUAAUAUAAAAAUUUGUAUGAUGCACAAAUUUAAUUAGAAGUUUACUUUUUUAUUGGGUAUCUCACAAACUUAACUUUUUCUGUGCAAUGCAAAGAGCUGAUACAUGUAGCAGAAUUUGGCAUUAGCUAUAACAACUUAUAGCAAGCUUAUUUUAUUAAGUCAUUUCAUAUAUAUAUUUUGAGGCCAUAGCCCUUCUAAAAAUAUAUUAGGAACAAUAAGAAUAGUACUUGUCAAGAAAGUUAAGAACAUUUAGGCUGAAACGGAAUAAUUCUUAUAAGAUAAACGGUGUAUAUCCUAGAUAAGAAUUUUAUAAACUAUAAAAAGUAAUUUUGUUGUUGUUACUGGUUUUUAAAUCAAUGUUUACAUCUGUUACGUUACCGUUUAAAGUAUUAUUCGAUUCUUAAAUUCGAAAACACUGCAUUGUUAUCUUCUUUGAUUUUAUGUGUGAUUUUCUUGAUUAUAACUUGGGUCUGUUCUUUUAAUAUUUUGGAUUGAAAUAUUUCGGUAGAUAUACAAUAUACGAAAUGAUGCAAGUUUUUAUAUGUCUCUUUUAUGUGUUUUUAACUAUUAAUUUCUUAUAUUUUGAGUUCUGGAAUGGCAAAGCAUGUUAGUGUAUUUCGCUUUUUAUGAACGAUUGCUAAACACCUUUGACACCUUUUUCCAUUUUUAUUUUUCCAUUUUUUUUUGUUGCACAUGCUUAUAUUUUCAGACAUUUUGUUUCAGCGGUUAUACACAUUGAAUAAUGCAGAUUGUGAGCAACCUCGAUCCCAGGGCUUUUUUCUCCUUUUGCCAUCCCGUUAUUAAAGAGACAAAGAGCCCAGGGUCGAGGUUGAAAUGUGACUUUUGAAAAUCUAAAUUACUGUGUUGUAUUUUUGUUUGGUACCCCAUACAUCGGUUUAAUGAGAGAUUCUUCCACGGGAAUUCAGAUAAUUGUUAAUUUCUUAUAUUUUGUGUAAAACUUUGAAAGGGUUGCUGUAUGCAAUAGACUGAAUAUCUGAUUUUGAUAUGACGUGUUACAAACUGUACAGUGUGGAAAUUUUAUAAUAACUUUUUUUGUAUAACUUGGCGAAAAAAUGCUGGAUUUUUUAUGUCUGAUAUACUUUUUUCCCUGGUGUACUUCUGGCAUAGCAAAGCAAGUAUAAAUUUUAGCAGAUUUCGCUUUUUAAGUAACGGUUGUUAGACGCCUCUGAUUUUGUUAGACAUUUUCCAUUUUGCAUUUUUUUUCUUUUUGUUGCACCUACUUAUAUUUCAACGUUUUGGUUUUAACGGGUGCAAAUAUAAAGUAAUACAGACUGUGAACCACUUCGAUCCCAGGGCUUUUUCUCUCUUUUUUCCGUCCCGUUAUAAAAAGAGACAAAACCGAGGUUGGGUUGUAAGUUUUAAAAAUUCAAAUUACCAUGCUGUAUGCUUUUGUUUGGUAUCCCUUACAUGCAUUCAAUGAGAGAUUCAGUGGAUUCUUCCACACGGGAAUUCGGCUAGUCCUAUAUAAUAAUACGCUUGUGUGAGUGACUAUAUGAGUCCACGGCACGCAAAGCACGGGUCACUUUCUUACGACGUGGCGUUUACGCUAAAAUUUACCAAGAAAUGAUAAACUUUCCACAGUACUAUGAAUACUGAACAGACAAACCGAAAUAAUAUCUUCAAUAAAAUUUACCAAGUUAAAAAAAACGCAAAUCAGGGGGUUACUACUUAAACACUUAAUUCUCUUUUCUUAUUACUUUUAAAAAUGAAACUUUUUUAUUUUAUUUUAUUAAAACUAAUUUUUAUUUUAUUUUUUUAUGUUUUUUUGGUUUUAAAAGCGCUGUUGGUCGUUAUAGAUAGAAUACUUUAUUUUUACCCUCGGUUUACCAUUACCGACUUUCAUGCAACACAGUCUGGGCACGAGUAAAGCGCUUGUAGGGAUAAAUUUUUCAUAAUGGUAGCGCAACAAGAAAAAACAACAACAUUAACAGAAAAUUUAACUUUUGGCUUACCCAUGAAGGUAUAAAAGAACUUUUAUACCUCCCUGCUUUACUAUUAUAACACUAAAAUUAAGGAAGGGUAUUCUUUAAUGGUUUAUGGACUGUGUUCUAUCCAAAAGGCACAAAAUUCAAGGUUAUUAAUGACUAAAGACUGUUGAUUCCGUCUCAAGGUUAGCCUAGCUAAAAGUCAAGUGUCCAAGGUGUUAAACCAGAAAGAAAUGUUAUUGAUGGCACCACAUUGCUAAUUUUUAUUGGUAUCUUUAAAACUUCUCUGACAGGGAUAGGAUAAUGUUGGAAAGAAAUCAUAGUAAAAUUACAUGAAUGUAGGAAAAUGUUCUUUAUAUACUUAUUCGCAAGAAUUUAUUUCAGCCAAUAGUUUGUAAACACCUGACUGACUCUUAAAAUUUGUUGUGAACUUGUGAACUAAAGAAAAAAACCUAAAAAAAGUCAUGAAAACUUCUUUCUGUAAAAAUCCAUCUCCUAAAGAUCCUUAAAAAAGAAGAAGACAGGUAGCCAGAAAAAGUUGAAUUAAAAAUUUAAAGAACUCUUAAAAUUCAAUUUUAAACCCAUUCAAUCACAAUUUUUAAAGUUAUUUUUAGAGAUGCUAAACUAUAAAGUUAUGUAGUUUGCGGGGUUAAAUAUUCGCUUUUGGAUAAUCACGUAAUAGGGACAGUAUAAGCUAUAUGUGCAGUAAGAGGGUGCCGAUAAGCCGCAAACGCCCGCAUAUAUACGGACGAGUUCGGGUGAAUUUUCAAAUAAAAUUGGCGGUUGUCCCCCGAAACCGCCCGCACUUUCCCGAACUCGCCCGGAACAUUCCCGAAAUACAAUUCCUUGUAACAAACCAUGCGGAGGAUGGUUGGGAAGAAGGCGCUUGAUGAGAAAGGAGUUAAUAAAGUUUAUAUAUAAGUUAUUUAUAAAGUAAACUUGUUCAAGAACCAUCAAAAACAGUUCUUCUAAGAACUUCGCUACGAAAUAGUAAGUUUAUUUUAAUUUUUAUAGUUUUUUGAAUCAUAUAUUAGUGUCUGUUUUUUUUUCUUUUGGGCAUUGUUCUGGUCUAUGUGGUUUUUUUCGGGCGAAUACUUGAAUUUUUUUCAAAACGCCAAACUCGCCCGAAAACGCCCGCACUUUUUACGGCGUAUGCGGCUUAUCGGCACCCUCGUUGUGCAGUUGUAGCAUUUUUAAUAACCUUUCGUUCAAAUUUCAAAAAAAACUCUUUGAUACUUAUCCAUAUCUUGAUUCUUUCAGCUUGAUAUUCGAUUAUCCAUUUCUUCUACUUUUGCAACAAUUACCUAGCUAGCUCUAAUUCUUUUUUGGUUGUACCUGGUGUAAACCAUAGGCAAACAUCAUUACAUUGUACAUAUGGUGGUUUUCAGCCAUCUAGCUAUAUUUAAUUCAUAACAUGAAGGUUGAUUAUAAGGAAAAAAUGUGUAAUAUCUAGCAGUGUGUCAUGUAUUUUCUAAUAGAUACUUCAGUCCAUGCUCAUUGCCUCUCUGCAGUCACAGAGCUAAAAAUACCCUUUUACUAUCAUCCAAUUUUGAACUUUAUAAAAGUUAAUAACUGUAAGUUGUUCUUGUUUUAAUAAAGUUAAUAUACCACAGAGAGGUCUAGCAGCACCAUUUUAACACGUUAUUUAAAAGUUAAACGUUAGAAUAAAAAGCAAAGAAGGAAAACAAUAACAAAAGGUUACACAUUUCUCGGCCUUUCUCCAUAUGACACAAAUAAUUCUUUGCGAGAAAGUGACUGUGAAACUUGACUGGGCUAUCGAGUCAAACAAAAACAAGCUAAAAAUUUGUCUCCACAAGCGCUUUAUUCGUACCCAGACCGCGCUGUAUGAAAUGCAGUAAUGUGCGCGCGGAUCUAACGGAAACAAUUUGCUUAUCAUCUGAAAAAAGAAAAUCGAAGCGAAGAAGGUUGUCUCUUUUUCAAAGUAAUCCAGAAAAGUUAUUUCAAACAAUGUUUUCUCAUCAUAAGAUUAGAUUAAAGCUUAUUUGUUUCUUCUAUAUUUUCUAUUUUUGUGUUUUGGGACCGAGGUUGUAUCACAUUCGAAUAUAAAUGUAAUUCGAAUCUAAAAUGUAAAAAACAAAACUAUUGUUGUAGAGCGACUGUUGUUGUCGAGCGAGAAUAAAAAAAUUUAUGUUGUUGUCAGAAAUAUUUGUUAUAAAGAAGAAAAACGUACGAUGAUAUAGUGUCAAAAAGAGAACUGAUUGGAAAUGUAUCAGACAAUUGUAGGUGGCUAUACAUUAUCAAUUUGUUUUCUUUGGGAAGAAGCGAAGUUUAGUAAUCGAAGUAAAAAACUGAUUGGAAUUUUAUCCAGAGAACGCUAGCUAGAGGCCUACUUAGAAAGCGAAAGAAAGCAGGUGUGUUGUUUAGAUUAUCUGGUAGAGAAAUGAAUUUUGGUUAAUAACGUUUCUUAAGCCGUUUACACGCUUCGCUUCCAGCUAAACUUUCCCUUAAAUAUGAAGUUAAAUAUGUUUUGUCUUCAGCCUGAACAUAUUUUUUUUGUAAGAACAUAUUCAGCGUCAGUUAAGAAAAUCUUAUGAUUAUGUCUAACCUCGACUGUUUGUAUAUAAAAAGAGCUUGCCAAUAGCUACAGCAGUUUUAUUUUAUUAAAGCAUUAUAUAUUUUUAGGACAUAGACAUGCUAAAAAUAUAAUGAAGAAUAACGAGGAUAGUAUUUGUCAAGAAAGUUAGGAUCUUUUUUUGUAAGAGUAUAUAUAUUUUAAACAAAGGGUCAGAAGUUCAGAUUAUCCUAAGAAUAUGUCUAAACUUUAUUGUUUUUUUUAAUAUAAAAAUUUGUAUGAUGCACAAAUUUAGUUAGAAGUUUACUUUUUUAUUGCGUGUCUCACAAACUUAUUUUUUUCUGUGCAAUGCAAAGAGCUGUUACAUGUAGCAGAAUUUGCCAUUAGCUAUAACAACUUUUAGCAAGCUUUAUGUUAUUAAUAUAGCCCUGCUAAAAAUAUAUAUGAGGAACAAUAAGAAUAGUAUUUGUCAAGAAAAUUAAGAGCAUUAAGGCUUAAACGGAAUAACAUAAUUCUUCCAUUGGUACAGCUGACACUGAAGACAAAGUUUGGAGCAGACAUGAAAAUCAAAGGAACUGUGACAAAAGAAAUAACUGGACCACUACAGAGAAUGCCCUUGGCUUUGAAUGAUGAAAGAAAGAUUGCAAAACAAUUUGAACUUGCAGACACCAUACCAUCGAAUAUGGAGACGUACAUGGUACCUUGGUCUUCUUACUGGGAAUGAUUACUAUGACGACAUCAUUCUAGACGAAAAGGUGAAGAUACAAGAUCACCUAUACCUAUUGAAAUCGAAGGUUGGGUGGAUCAUCUCUGAGAGAAUUGAAAGAGAAAAUUGGCAUCGAGAAGAAAACGCUCUGUUUGUGCUCUCAACAGAAAGUCAAUCGUCAACGAACAGAAGAAUGCUGAGUGAAGACGUAACAUCACCGUUUGAAUGGAAUGGAAACAAUUGGCAUUAACCAACACGAAGAAAGGGAUUCAGACAAAGCUGCGAUGGAAAUGUUCAAGAAUACAGUGAAGAGGGAUGGAAGAAGAUAUUUUGUAAGCUGACCGUGGAGAAACGAAGAUUCUGUUCUCCCAGAGAACUACGAAUUGUUCCUUGGGAGAUUGAAGUCCCUGAUGAAACAUCUGCAAAAAGAUCCUAAAUUACUUCACCUUUAUGAUGAGAUGAUUCGAUCGCAAGUUGAAAAGGGUGUACUGGAAAGGGUUGAUCCUUCGGAGGUGAACAACCAGACAAAAAAGCAUUACAUUCCACAUCACGGUGUUAUCAAAGCUGACAGUGCAACAACGAAGUUGAGGAUUGUUUACGAUGCAUCCGCAAAAACAAAGAAAGGCAACAAGAGCUUGAACGAGUGCUUACACCGAGGACCUGUCAUCAUGGAAGAUUUGUGUGGAUUGCUACUUCGGUUUAGGACAAAGAAGACUGGAAUAAUCGCAGAUAUUGAGAAAGCUUUUCUACAAAUCGCAAUUCAAGAAAAUGAUCGUGAUGUAACUCGAUUUAUUUGGUUAAAGGACGUCAAGAAACAGGUUUCUGAUGAUAACUUGGAGAUGUGGAGAUUUGUAAGAUUGCCUUUCAUAAUAAUUUCGAGUCCAUUCCUACUGGGUGCUACUAUUCAACAUCAUAUCACGAACAUAGAUGAGCCAGUAGCAGAACAAAUAAAGGACAGUAUUUACGUUGACAAUAUGAUUUAUGGCACAGACAACAAAAAGGAAGCCAUUGACUUGUACCGAAAUGCAAAGGCCUUAUAUAAAGAUGCAUCGAUGAACUUGAGGGAAUGGUUGACAAACUCAGACAAAGUGAACAAGAAAAUUGAUCCUGAGGACCAAGUCAAAUCUAAGAUAACGAAGGUUCUUGGCUUAGUUUGGAACACAAUCACUGAUGAAUUGUCGAUCUCUACAAAAAGAAUCAAUUCAGACAAACUUGGAACAACAAAACGCGAAGUAUUGGCUACAAUAGCUUCGGUAUACGAUCCAUUGGGAAUGCUGACGCCUGGUACGAUCAAAAUGAAGAUAUUUCUUCAAGAACUAUGGGAGAAUAAUAUUGGAUGGGACGAUGUUUUAGAGCCAAAGGACCAAGAAACGAGAAAAGAAUUGAUAAAGCACUUGCAGGCGUUAUCAACCAUUUAACUG